AUGGCACAGUUACUGGUAGCUGCCGACAAAUAUGACCUCUCUCUACUGAAGGAUGCUCUUGAGGACCAGUUGGUCCAGAAUCUGGCCGUAGAAAAUGUGGCAGAGUGUGCGUGUCACAAAGAGGGGACGCAUGAAGCUGCAAAGUAUGGCAACUUGGCUGAACUGUUUGUGAUCCUGCAACAUGGAAUGGACAUCAACAGCCAGUGUGAAAAUGGCUACACUGCAAUUCACAGAACGGCGAAGUGUGGUGACACCUCAGCUGUAAACUGGCUGCUGGAGUCAGGUGCCAAUGUCACUGUGUGGAGUGACUGGCAGCAGACUACCCUCCACGUAGCAGCAGCAUACGGCAGACAGGGUGUCGUGAUGGUCCUGCUGUUUCACGGUGCGGACAAAGACGCGUGGGACGGCUGUGUGCAGAUGGCUUUGCAGAUUGCCGCCACAUAUGGUGAAGCAGCUGUUGUGAACCUCCUGUUGCGGUUGGAGGCGGACCAGUGUGCUGCCAGCUAUGGUAGGACACCUCUCUAG